AUGGAGCACGCACUUGGAUUGCAUGAUGAGAUCGACAAGAACGCGUCCGCUACAGAUGACGCUGUGGACGUGUUAAUGAUGAGCAAACCCUGUAAGAUGAAGGCGCCGGUAGAUGAUGGGAGCGGAAGUUCAACGAGCGAGUCUACCGAUGUUCCACAACCGAUUUCGGUGAAAGGUGAUUCAACAAUACACAACAUGCGAUCCGAUCACCGUGCCUGUGAUUACGUACCUACAGAAUUAGGGACAGAAGGUCUAAGUGAAGAUGCAGAAAGACCUACAGAUUUAGAUGAUGGACACGACGAAACAAGUGAUACUCUAAGUAUGAUUGAUCCAGUCGACCUUGCCGCGAUUAUACACGAUGUAGCUACAUGGGAACAACCAAGUCAUGCUGCCAGUAGUGAAGAACCCGAUCCAAGUGUUCUAAUGGAGGAGUUAUUUGGGAUACAACCCAGCUCGCUGGUGCAUUUUCCAAGGCCAUUUGAUCCGAGUGAGACCGACAUGACGGAGUCCUCAUCACCCUUACAAGCCGUAUCCAGGCAUGUGGAGGUUCCCUCGACCGAAGGUGCUAGCAGAUCGGUUUCGACAACUCGUAUUGGGAGUCUGCAACUCAGUGAAAAAGAAAGAUGCCAGCCUCAAAAUGAAAGCGAGAAACACAUACGGCGCGGGGGUAUCAAUGCUAUGAAUCUUCCUAACCCUGUGGUCCAAGGGAACCCCAAGCGAGAGAAAGUAUUGUAUUGGGCUAGCAAAUCUUCAAACAGAAGAUAUGUGGAUGGUUCCCCUCCCGACGAAAGUGCUCCUCCAAAUAUUGCUGAGCUUGUGCAUUGGGCCAAACACACAAACUCCUUACAAAAAGUGGAUGAAAUGAUAGACCGCUAUCCAGUAACGAUGAGGAAACGAGCGCUUAAAGGUCGGGCGCCUAUCGUUGAGGCCACCUCCAGCGCCGUUGCCCGAGGAUGCUGUCAUGCAUUUGACAUCCCGGAAGGUCUAGUAAAAUCCAUAUCGGCAGCUCUUCUAGCCGACAGAUCUGCUAUGAUCCGAAAGUCUGAAACGCAAGGAACCAACCCAUCCAAGUCGAAACAUGAGAUAAUUGACGUCGACUCAAGCCCGACCGACGUGCAAGAGAAAAUUGUGAAACUCAAGGCAUCAGGGCCUAGCUUUUCCAGCAACUGUGUCGAUGCUAUUAGAAGCUUUUACAACUGCAGAAAGCAAAUUACGUUAUGGGAAGUGGACUUAACGUGGCAGAAGAAAGACUGGUCGAAAAACAGCGCUGUUGAUGUGGAAUUUUUUGCGUUCGAAGUCAGCGCCCGUGAGCUACCCAGAGAGAAAGUCAAAGCGCUGCAUGUUCGACUGGCGGAUGGCGGGAAUGCUGGCUUUGAAUCCGCUUGCUUACAAUCGUACUACUCAGUUCCAUCGACGAAAGUGACGAUUUUCUUCUGGGAAAUCGUUGGAUAUAUUACCGGGACCGUGUGGCUGAAUGAUUCGGCUGUUAAUUGCGGACUUCAGGCUAUGGCGGGCUGUCGGCCCGACGUUCGAAUUCUACCGUCGCACGUGUUGAAAAAAUGGCUUCCCCAAACGAAAGCAGACACAAAAAAUGUCUGA